AUGUACACGGAAAUCAAAGAAUUAAUUAAUUUCUUGGCAAUUUUCCUGCAUUAUCAAAUACCGCGUCGUCGAAUUUGUUUUUUAUUGGAAAAUUACGGUAAUCAUUUGGCUACAAAGUAUGCAGAGAAAUGGAAAACUGAUGAUCCACAUUAUGGUGAAAAUGAGCGGAAAUUAGUGAUCAGAACAAAUGAAAAUUUAGAACCAGUCUUCAGCAUCAUUGCAUCAAGCAUAGGCAUUGUGAUGGAGAAUCUCAUAGCGUGUUUCCCAUCCGCAAUGGUAAUCACCUGUAAUCCAGGUGAAGUAUCAUGUCAGACCACGAAUUAUCCUCACGUAAUCUCUGUUUGGAUGGGGCAUGUAAAUGCUGACUUGAAUUACUCCCCGACACUCUCAGGUAUCUCGCUCUUCUAUGAAACUUCCAAGAAUCUCUUCAGCUCCUUGCACGGUAAUUAUUUUCAAGAGUUCACUUGUGGUUCUUUAGCUUCAAAUUCUAAAAUUAAUGAAGCGAAGUCUCAGCGAUGUAUUAUGUAUGGAUUGAUUAACUCUGCAGAUGAAAAUGCAUACGAUUUGAUAGAAAGCAGAUUCUUCUACGGCAACCGAAUUCCGCAAUUUCUUCUUCGUUAUAUUCCAAAGAAUAAUACGUCUUUCACGGUGCGUUCCUUUGCGGAUACGCGUUUCGGCUCACAUCGUUCACGUCCUGAUCAUCGAGCAAUGCGACGAAUUCAACAUGCCGCAGCAUUUCUUGCUGUCACUAAUAAAGCUACUCAAAGUAUUAACUGUGAACAUGCAUCAAAAGUUUCCACAAACAGUGUGCUUGCUGGUAAUAACGACAGCAGUAGCAGUAACAAAAACGUAUCUAACAAUCAAACUUUCGAUUUCACUACUAAUUCUCUUGCGCCUCUGCCAUCGAUGGCGACCUUACCGCCUCCACUACAGAAAUCGCAGCUACAACAUGCACAAGCACGAUCACAGUUUUUAAAAUCAUUGCAAUUACAGGCACCAUCACAAUCGCAACUACCAUUACAACCGCAAUUACCAUUACAAUCGCAACUACCAUUACAACCGCAACUACCAUCACAAUCGCAACUACCAUCACAAUUGCAACUACCAUCACAAUUGCAAUUACCACCACAAUCGCAACUACCACCACAAUCGCAACUACCAUCACAAUCACAAAUAUCAUCACAAUUACAAUUACAAAUACAGCCGUCAGCACUACAAAUACAACUACCAGUACCACAAUUACAGCCAUCAGUACCACAAAUACAGUCGCAAAUACAAACACAAUUGCAGCCACAAAUACGCCAACAAAUGCAUUUGCAAUCACUGCAUUCUCAAGUACGGCCAGCAUAUCAACAGCCAGUACAACCGAAAUUGUCACUGCAGCAUUCACGACCACAGCGACAAUUUCAAUCUGUAGAAUCACACUUAACAAGGCCAUUGACUUUUCAUCAAGAAAUUCAGAACUCAUCAGCUGAUCCAUUUGCAUUAUAUUUCCCUUAUCAGAGAGCUGGCAGCAACAUUCCUACAAAUAAUCCUGGUAGCGGAAGUGCAUGGCCACACGAUUCAUACUGUGAGCCAUACCAUCGAGCACAUCUGAAUGAAACAGGUAAAAAUUAUUUAUGCACCACACACACACACACACACACACACACAUUUAACACUUAAUA